AGGGACUUCCCCUACUCAGACAUUAAAUACCUCUACUUUCAGUCAAGACAGCAACACUCUGAGCUGCUGAAACAUGAGGGUGCUUCUUGGUAUAACUAUUCCUUGCAUUAGUCCCAGGCUGGAUGAAGGUUGCCUGCAGUGUCAAUAAUGAUGCCCUGUAUACAAACUAUAGGUUGAAUCACUGCCUCAUGAAUGGAGGUGUCAGGCACACACAGUGCCCCAACAUCUCUGUGUGUGCUAUUGUAUCCUUCACCCUGCCUGCAUGGUGUCUACUCCUAAGACUGAGGGAAUGGAGCUGAGGUGUCAGGCACACACAGGAGUAUUGACGUGACUCCCUCCAGGCCUGGUGAAAUGGACCUAUCGUCUCUCUAUUAUAUAUAGCACAUGCAGCAGCAAAGUACAACACAUCAUUCGAUCAGCAAGAAACCACCUCACCCCAGCGAUUAGGUAUGACAAGAUUAAUGACAUCAUCUUCACUUUCAUCAACCAAACUGGUCUCUCUAUGCUUGAGACUGACGGACCACAUGGAGGUGCAACGUGCGGCUCUACUAACCACACCCACCACACCUCCGCCAGUGACUCUGUGUACUGGCAGACACGACUACAAGCACAGCUCUAUUCUGAGCUACGAGCAAAGAACGUGUUUAUCAACCAACCUGACAACUAUUUCUAUUGGGGAGGAAGCAAGUCUGGAAUGGGUUAUAACGAGAACCAGUACAGGCCUCGCUGGGAGGACCUCAGUGUGAGCAGACAGGGGAUGUAUGAUGACACCUACCAUUACAUACCCACCCAGGGAUGGAUGCUUGUACCACUGGUCGUGUAUCACGGAGGUGGUUCUGCUGCUCAGUUUGAGCCACUGUCUGAGCACCUAGUGGAGUAUGAGUGGGCGUUGGCUCAAUACCUUGGUUACGGAGUUGCAGCUUGUUAUCGUGGCCCCAGGUUGUAUGACACUGAUGCAACUAUGCAGUUGGUGAAGAAGUGGGUGGGUUUCUACAAGACCUAUCGUGACAUUCUGAUCAGUGACAUAGUCCAUGUGAGGAGACCAGACAUGCAAGAUUACGACUGUGUGCUGCACGUGAAUCCUCACCUUGACCACCGCGGUCUAGCCAUGAUAUUCAACCCCACUCCAGUGGCCAUAACACGCAACAUCAGUCUACCACUGUACUACACUGGCCUGUCUGACAAAGCACUCGUGUUGCCUGAGGGACAGAGUCCGGGGGCAGUGUAUGGGUUGGAUAGAGGCUACAACGUGGUGGUGACUGUCACCAUGGACCCCAAGAGUAUCACAUGGAUACUCAUCAUGUCAUCUGACUAAAUCUAUACGCAGCAAUAGACAGUUGUAGUAUAAUUACAGUGUAUAUACUGUUUAGUCGGAAUACUUUAUUGUGCAAGUUUUUAUACCUUUUUAAUUUGCUGCUGUACCUGUAUAUGAAUAGAACUUUAAUUUAUCCCACAGUGAAAUAGUUCUGUACAACUACAUAUAUAUACGUAUUCGUAUACCCU